UCAGGCGCCGUCGGCGCGGCUUCCUGUUGUCAGUAGCCGGGAGGCCGAAGUCGGAGGUUUUGGGGUGUCACGGACGGGAGUACCCCCGCCCUGCUCCCCUCUCUCUUUGCUGAAAACUAUGUCUUAUCAAUUGGUACAGCAGCUGGAUGGCUUAGACACCAGGCUGUUGUUCUGAACAGCCAGGUACAGGAUUGGAUGUAGGCCAUAGAGAGGAGCCUGUGGGGAAUGGCUGAGAAGUCUCUGAGGAGAAGAGGUUGCUGUUUACUGAUGGCUGGAGUGUUUCAAAAGUGUUGAAGCCAGGUCAUCCAUUUCUUCUUUUAAUGUGUCAUGUGAUUCCACUGCUGCACGGAAAUGCUCUCUGUGGUGGAGAAUGGACUAGACCCCCGGGCUGCCAUCCCGGUCAUCAAGAAGAAGCUAGUGGGAUCUGUGAAGGCGCUGCAGAAGCAGUAUGUGUCCUUGGACACGGCGGUCACCAGUGAAGACGGAGAUGCCAACACCAUGUGCAGUGCCCUGGAGGCCGUGUUUAUCCAUGGCCUGCACGCCAAGCACAUCCGAGCCGAGGCCGGAGGGAAGAGGAAGAAGAGUGCCCACCAGAAGCCUCUGCCUCAGCCUGUCUUCUGGCCCCUCCUGAAAGCUGUCACCCACAAACACAUCAUCUCAGAAUUGGAACACCUGAUCUUUGUCAGCACGGACGUGGGCCGCUGCCGGGCCUGGCUGCGGCUGGCCCUCAACGAUGGCCUGAUGGAGUGCUACCUGAAGCUGCUCCUCCAGGAGCAGGCCCGACUGUGCGAGUACUAUCAGCCCACCGCCCUGCUUCGAGACCCCGAGGAGGGCGAGUUCCUCCUCAGCUUCCUGCAAGGGCUCACGUCCCUAUCCUUCGAACUCUCCUAUAAGUCCGCCAUCUUAAACGAGUGGACGCUUACCCCACUGGCCCUCUCUGGGCUUUGCCCGCUCUCUGAGCUCGACCCCCUCACUACCUCUGGGACAGAACUACAGCGUAAGGAGUCUCUGGACUCCAUUUCCCAUUCCUCAGGCUCGGAGGACAUCGAAGUUCAGCACUCGGGCCAUAAGAUCCGACGGAACAGGCAGCUCACCGCCUCCACCCUCAGCCUGGACACGGCCAGUUCGUCCCAGCUGUCCUGCAGCCUAAACUCUGAUAGCUGCCUGCUCCAGGAGAAUGGCUCCAAGAGUCCCGACCAUUCUGAGGAGCCAAUGUCCUACGAUUCAGACCUGGGGAUAGCAAAUGCCGAUGAUUCAGACCCAUCUCUGCAGGAGGUGUUGUCGGAAUUCAGCAAAGCCCAGGUAGACACUGUGCCAACCAACAGACUGAGCCGAGAAACGGAGAUCCCCACACCGCAGGCCUCACUCUCCUUCCACGGCCUCUGCCUCGACACCAGCACACACCUGCACUUUGUUGUGCCUGCAGAUCCCCUCCCCGCCCAAGCAUCCUUCGGGACUCAAGAUGGUGGCCAGGAGCAGGAGCCGCUUUCCCAGGUAGCUGGCACACUGGGCUUGCAGCAUCUGGGCUCUGCCCAAGCUGUCCCUUCAGGGAACACUUCAGACCAGCACCCUUCUAGUCCUGUGAGAGAGACGACCAGAGCAGUCGGCCAGCAGAAGCCUUCGGUGGAUGACAGAGCUGUACUGAGCCUCGUGGUUUCUUCACCCACCAGUCUGAAAAGCAAGAGUUGGAUCUCAGAAGAUGACUUCUACCGCCCACCCCAGGAACAACCCUCAGAGAGUCCUGCACAUCGCUCCGUGGCCCCUUCCACAGCAACUCCGGAGUCGAGGCCUGGUCUUCUCAGGCACUUUUCUCAAGGACCGAGGAAAAGCUCCUCCAUGGGAGCCUUAGACAAAGCUUGUGUGCCUUCUCCAGAAAGCAGGAAAAGCAAGGCGCCUGCGGCACUGGAGCAUAAGAACUUCAGGGUGGUGCACCGCAGGCAGAUGGGGCUGUCCAACCCGUUCCGGGGUCUCAUGAAGCUGGGCACGGUGGAGCGACGGGGGGCGAUGGGCAUCUGGAAGGAACUCUUCUGCGAGCUGUCCCCACUGGAGUUCCGCCUCUACCUGAGUGGCGAGGAGCGCACCUGUGUCGAGAACUGCUCCCUGCUGCGCUGCGAGUCUGUGGGGCCAGCCCACAGCGACGGACGCUUCGAGCUGGUCUUUUCCGGCAAGAAGCUGACCCUGCGUGCCUCCUCCCAGGAUGAGGCCGAGGACUGGCUGGACCGGCUGCGGGAGGCCCUGCAGAAGUGCCGGCCCCAGCAAGAUGACGAGUGGGUGAACAUCCAGUACCCAGAGCAGCCCGGUGACCCCCCAGAGGCUCCCCAGGGUGGCCUCCCCUCCCACUCGGACCUGCUUACAGAGCCCGAAACCCUCCAGGGCACACAGUUCGAUUGGUCCUCUACCCAAAUUCCAGAGCCAGACGCUAUUAAAGAAUCCCUCCUAUACCUGUACUCGGACAGGACCUGGACGCCCUACAUUUUUUCCCUGUCCUUGGAAACUCUGAAAUGCUUCCGGGUGAGAAACAAUGAGAAGAUGUUAAGUGACAGCCAUGGAGUUGAGACCAUCCGAGAUAUCCUGCCAGACACGAGCCUCGGGGGCCCGUCCUUCUUCAAAAUCAUCACGGCCAAGGCCAUCCUGAAGCUGCAGGCCAGCAAUGCCGAGGAGGCCGCACUGUGGAGGGAUCUGGUGCGCAAGGUCCUGGCAUCUUACUUGGAGACUGCCGAGGAGGCAGUGACACUGGGAGGGAGUCUGGAUGAAAACUGUCAGGAGGUCCUGAAGUUCGCCACGGGAGAGAACGGCUUCCUGCUGCAGUACCUGGUGGCCAUCCCCACCGAGAAGGGCCUCGACUCCCAGGGCUGCUUCUGCGCAGGCUGCUCCCGGCAAAUUGGCUUCUCAUUUGUACGACCCAAGCUCUGUGCCUUCUCUGGCCUCUAUUACUGUGACAUCUGCCAUCAAGAUGAUGCCUCAGUGAUUCCAGCCAGGAUCAUCCACAACUGGGACCUCACCAAGCGCCCGAUCUGCCGGCAGGCCCUGAAGUUCUUGACGCAGAUACAGACCCAGCCCCUCAUCAACCUGCAGCUGGUGAAUGCAUCUCUGUACCAGCAUGAGGAGAGGAUGCACCUCAUUGGGCGAAGCCGAGAGCAGCUGAAGCUUCUCGGGGAUUACCUGGGCCUGUGCCGAAGUGGAGCCCUCAAAGAGCUAAGCAAGAGGCUCAACUACAGGAAUUAUCUCUUGGAGUCUCCCCACAAGUACAGUGUCGCCGACCUCCAGCAGAUUGCAGAGGGGGUGUAUGAAGGAUUCCUCAAGGCCCUCAUCGAAUUUGCCUCCCAUCACGUGUACCACUGCGACCUGUGCACCCAGCGUGGCUUCAUCUGCCAGAUCUGCCACCACCAUGACAUCAUCUUCCCCUUUGAGUUUGACACCACAGUCAGGUGCAGUGAAUGCAAGACCGUCUUCCACCAGAGCUGCCAGGCCGUGGUGAAGAAGGGUUGCCCCCGCUGUGCCCGCCGGCGCAAGUACCGAGAACAGAACACUGUCGCCUAACCCAGUCUCCUGUCCCCACCUGGAAGGCCUCAGGGUGAGGGUUCAGCUCAGCCAUACCAGCUGGGUUUGCCCUCAGCCAGGCUACUCUCUCAAGGUGUCACAGCUGUCUCCCUUGUCAGGAAGACUCUCAGAUGUGACCAGAGCAUGAGCCUACCAGAGGGAGCCCUUGAUGAUGUCCCCUGCACUUUCACAUCUGCUCCAGGAAGUGGGAACACCAGCAGACGCCCCCUGUCUGGGGUGUGGGGGUCUUUGCUCUAAUCAGGCCCUGGCUCACUGUGCUGAUGUGGCACCUCCCGCAGGGCUGUUCCCACGCUGUGGAAACAAGACUUUGCAAUUCCACGUUCCUGAUUAAAAGGUCUAGUUUUUUAAGGUGGGGUUUUUUUCCCUUCAUAUUUCAACAGAAAUUAUUUUUUUAUUCUUAAUCCUACACUAGUCACCCAAGUAAUCCAGGCAUUCUCACCCUGAGCAGAUGCGCAGCAACUGCUCAGGCCUGGUCCGCAGGCGGGUGGGCAGCUGGGCGGGCAGGCCACCCCUGAGACAGAGCCCGUCAGCGGGACCAGGUGCCUUUCCUUCACUUGCCAGGCGCUCGCUGCCAACAGCUCGAGCGCAACGUGCCAAACUGCCCAUGAGGCCAGGUGGGGUCAGUCCCGAUGACCACCUGCUUCCUCCCCGUCUCUACUCUCUGCCCUCAUCCUCCCCACCUGAAAAGCCCAUCACCUUUCUUCAUGUCAGAGCCCCCUGGCUCUUCUGUAGCCUGAAUCUUGGUCCCUGCAGGAGAAGGGGGAUGAUUCGGAACCAGCACUGUCAGCACUUUGCACCUUCCUUAGUCCAGGGAAGGGCUGUCACCUUGCCCACUGCCCUGCCCCAUGCCCUCCUCAGCUCUUACCACACACAAGCAGCCAGAUGGACAGGGUGCUGCUGCAGAUGCUCUCAGGGGACCCACCUCCACCUGACGGACCCCUGCUGGGACAGAGGAAGGCUGGACACACAGAAAGGGCAGCAAGUGCCAGCCCUGCCGCUGAGAUGUGCAGGGACCUGUGGGAGAAGCACCUUGUGGAACGAUGCUUUAUCUCAGUUUACAAAGCCAUGAAUUCACACAGCUUUGCUGGACUGGCCCAGGAGGGGCACUGCCAAUGACUAGAAAAUUUCUUUGGAGCACCAUUGCCUUUUGAGAGGGUCUUGGGAUGGGGUGGGAUUCUGGAAUUGUUUUUAAUGUGAUAUUUAGACCCCUGGGGUGUGGGGGAAUUCUAGGCAUGAUUUCUCUGCUGCCUUCCCCUACCUCUCCUGGACCCAGCAGCCCUGGGAUCCUCUGGCCAUCCUCUCUGCGCUCAGCUUGGAUUGGGGCCCUCAAGUGGAGAUCCACCUGUCACUGUCAAGAGAUGAACCUACUCCCACCUCUCCCUUGAGGUGAUUCGUCUGCUGAGUCACCUGCCCAGCCCUGUGGAGCUGGAUAAAUUGUGCAAUAGAACAGAGGAGGUACUAGGUAGGUGGGGGAGAGGGCUGUCACACAGCUUCUCUGUCCCCUCAAGGAAGAUGGUGCACACCUGUGCCUGGUACACCAAAGCCUCCGGAACCGGAAAGUGGAUCCUUAUCCCCAUCCCACGCCCUCACAGCAGCAUUAAUGCUCCAGCACAAACAGCCUGAUCAGAGCCGGAAUCGCCCAGAGCCCUGAGUGGGCAGGAGCUCAGCCUGGGGUGGGCAGUGCCACUUGAAUCUGGCCUUGUUUCCUUGGGCCUGUGAGUACAUUCUAUGUUCCAGAAGAUCUGCCCUAGGAGGUGGCAGGAGUGUGGCCCUGGAAGAGCUCGCUUCAGUCCCCCCUACUCCUACCCUCCUGGUGAUUAGUAGCAUUAGAGCUGACCCUCUCCUCUUUACCAAAAGCUGCUGAUGCUUUCAAAUGAAGUGACUUUUACCCCCCACCCCCACUACCAACGGAAAGCUGAUGUGAACCUCAGAAGUGGCCACACUAUUUUUAAAAUGUUGAGUUAUGCAAUAAACUGCAAUGAGGGGCCUUGGCCCCAAGGAGUGCUUUGCAAUGUAUUGAAGAAACUGCUGCCAUGUGAUUUUUGAAUGAUUUUGCAGUAAAGAUCUGAUCUUUCUAAUCUC